AUGUCGGGCCUCGGCCCGCUCGGCCCGCUCGCCCCGCUGGGGCCGUUGGCACCCCUAGGCCUGGGCCACGGCCUCGGCCACGGCGUGGGCGGGCUGACCGAGGUGCCCAGCAAGGCGCCCAGCAAGCGGUCCGAGGCCUUCAGCGUGCAGGCCUUGCUCAAGCCGGACCUCUUCCCGCGCACCAGCCUGCCGUCCAGCCUGCCGCCGCCUCACGUGGGCACCAUCACCGAGUCCAUCUCGGUGACGCGGUCGCUGUUCUACCCCGGCAUGCCCUUCUCGGACCUGUUCAAGGGCGGCUCGCCGCAGCACCACCCCGGCACGUCGCCGCCCUACCCAGGCAUGCUGCCGCGCCACCCGCCCUUCCUGCCCUCCAACUUCUACCCGCCCGGCGUCCCCGGCGCGCUGCCCGCGUCCGGGCUGCUGCUGCGCGGCGCGGGCAUGGUGGGCGACACGUACUCCUGCAUCAAGUGCGAGAAGAUGUUCCCCACGCCGCACGGGCUCGAGGUGCACGCGCGCCGCUCGCACAACGGCAAGCGGCCGUUCGCCUGCGAGUCCUGCAACAAGACCUUCGGCGCCGAGGUCAGCCUCAGCCAGCACCGGGCGGUGCACAGCGUGGAGAAGGUGUUCGAGUGCAAGCAGUGCGGGAAGACCUUCAAGCGGUCCUCCACGCUCUCCACGCACCUCCUCAUCCACUCCGACACGCGGCCCUACCCCUGCUCCUACUGCGGCAAGCGCUUCCACCAGAAGUCCGACAUGAAGAAGCACACCUACAUCCACACCGGCGAGAAGCCCCACAAGUGCCAGGUCUGCGGCAAGGCGUUCAGCCAGUCGUCCAACCUCAUCACGCACUCGCGGAAGCACACGGGCUUCAAGCCGUUCGCCUGCGACCUGUGCGGCCGCGCCUUCCAGCGCAAGGUGGACCUGCGGCGCCACAAGGAGACGCAGCACACCGAGAUGCAGCAGCAGCAGCAGCAGCAGCAGCAGCGGCCUGGGGUGCCGGCGGGUCACCUGCCGCCGCAUCACCCGCCGCCGCACGGCAGCGCGCGGCUGCAGCCCGGAGUGCCCGCCGUGCUGCAGCCCGCGCUGUGGGGGCUGCCCCCGCUCCCCGGCGCCGCCGUGACCGCCGCGGCCCUGGACGAGGCGUCCCCGCACGCGCCCUUCCCGGCGCCGCGCUCCCCGUCGCCGGACCUGGUGGUGCACGUCGACGACGCGGACGACGGCGGCGACCAGCGCCAGUGA